AGAGCCAUGAUCCGACGGUCGUGUCAUCAGAGCAGUAUCAGGAGCAGUUCGGUUUUCGACAAACGCAAUGGACCUCGGAUGACAAGAGUAGUUGGUGCGGAACCGGUCAUAAAACAUGAUCGGUUAAACAGUGUUCUGGUACUUCUAGUGGAUGUAUUGAUACAAAAACAAAAUAAAAAAAAAAAAACAAUUCGAACAUUGUGUCAUUGAAUAAAUUUUAUACAUAGACGGUGCAAAAACGAAUUGAAAAAAAAUAUAUAUACAUAUUUUCUACUGCGAUGAACCUAACCGCGGGUAAUCCCCACUCGAACGGUUUGCUCUACGCUGGUUUCAACCAGGAUCAAGGGUGCAAUGUUGAUUCAAUGAAAAGAUAAGAAAACUAAGAGAAAAACAAGCUCGAUAUAAAUAAACAAACAAUAGGGACUCGACGACAAGAAUAAAACUUGCACCAACAGUCUUAAUGCAGUAAACAGACGAUAAGGUUGAUGUUGCUUUGCCUGUGGCAUGGAGAACGGAUACAGGGUUUACAACUGCGAUCCGUUGAAAGAAACGGAGCGUCACGUAUUCAGCGACGGAGGUCUCGGUCACGUGGAAAUGCUCUUUAGGUGCAAUUAUUUGGCCCUUGUAGGCGGCGGCGCCAAACCCAUGUACCCAACGAACCAAGUCAUGAUAUGGGACGACCUAAAGAAAAACCCUGCCAUAACAUUGGAAUUCAACGCACCGGUCAAAGGUGUCAAACUACGGAGGGAUAGAAUAGUCGUUAUACUUGAGGGGGUGAUUAAAGUCUACACGUUUACACAAAACCCGCAACAGUUACACGUCUUCGAAACAAAUUCAAACCCGAGAGGAUUAUGCGUCCUCUGUCCGAAUAGCAACAACUCGCUCCUAGCUUUUCCCAGCAGAAAAAACGGCCACGUUCAAGUGAUAGAUCUGGCAAAUACGGAGAAGCAGCCGUUGAACAUAGAAGCGCACGAAACGCCAUUGUCCUGCAUUGCGCUGAAUUUGCAGGGUACAAGGUUGGCGACUGCGUCGGAAAAGGGAACCUUGAUCAGGGUAUUUGACACGCAGAAUGGAAACAUGAUCAAUGAAUUAAGAAGGGGCGCGAACCACGCGAACAUUUACUGUAUAAAUUUCAACCAUGACUCGACGUGGCUUUGCGUGGCGAGCGACCACGGAACUGUCCACGUCUUUGCUGUCGAGGAUCAAAAACUUAAUCGCCAGUCGAGUCUGGCUUCGGCGACUUUUUUGCCAAAGUAUUUCAGCUCCAAUUGGAGCUUUUGCAAAUUUCAAGUACCCAGUGGGCCGCAGUGUAUGUGUGCGUUUGGCAAAAACAACAACACUAUAAUCGUGAUAUGCGCGGACGGUAGCUAUCACAAAUUUUUAUUCAACAACAAGGGAGAGUGCAGCAGAGAUUUCUACGCGCAAUUUUUGGAAAUGACGGAUGAGAAGAUGUGACUGCAACAUAUAUCGUAGCGUGUUGAUAAUUAUUAUUAUUAUUGUUGUAAUUUUAGUGUUAGUAUUAACAGUUCCAACUCAUUUUUUAUUUAUCAUGCCAACAAUGAUGAUGAUGAUGAUGAUAAUAAUAAUAAUAAUAAUGUUACGUUUGUGCAUAACUAUUAUUAUUAUCUGAAAAUUAGCCUAUGUCUGAAAUAUAUAUUAUUACUAUUAUUAUUGUUAUUAAUAUUAUUACCAGCCAACUUCUUAUGUAUCUAUUAUACUUUUUAUUCUCACUAAGCUAAUAAGAUCGGUCGGUUUACUUCUGUCAAGUUAUAGCGCAUAGAAAUCUCAGUUUUGGGCAAAAUUUUUGGAUUCAAUUUUCUAGUCAUCUUUUGAUAUCAGGUGAGUAAGUUCAUCAAAAAAUUUCAAGAAUUGUUAGUACAUGUAAAUCGAAACGGUCGAUAGGCUGACAAUUGAAUGAGGUGAUCACAAAAAUUGCAUAAUUUGAAGUAAAAAAAAAAAAAAAAAAAUGUAUGUUUUUUAUGAUACGCUUGUGAAAAAGUCACACAAGCAAUGAUCGUUCGUUGAAUUCGACCGAAUAAUUCAAAUAAACAACUAAAAUGUUAUAAAAAUAUAUU